AAGUUCUCCAACUCAUACGACUAACAUGGUCGUAUGCACCUUUGCUCAAAUACGACUACCUAUAGCGUAUCAUAAAAUAGCGCCCCUACCGGCAGCGGGAGAUGUGCCACAGCCUCUUCGUCUUGAUGCAUUGUGGGUCUCUACCAUAAACGAGGAUUACAGGUGCAAAUCUAGGAACAGAACAAAUAACGCUAGAAGACAGACACCAAAGGUGAUUAACCAAAUGCCUACUCUAAAGGAUUGCUACACAUGCAGGGAAAAGAUUGGAGUAGCCAGCAAAACAUGUCCAUACUGUAGGGCCAAACAGCCAUAUAAGCAAAUGCUUGAGAAAAAAAAGAAACAGCUUUCCCAGGAAUGGAUAGACAGACAAAAAAAAAACUGCAGUGUGAACAAAAUUUAUGAUUCAACAAAUCUUCUGCUCCACAAGUGGGAACUUUUAGAGAGGUACCCAGUCCUUCUCCUUGCCAGGAGAACCUCAAAUGGUUUCUCUGCUGAAUGCUUCUGCCCAUGGAAGAAUGAGACCGAAGACACUCAGGACGCUUUUCUUACUAUAAAGAGAUUAUACGAAAGUCUUCUUAAUGUGGCUAUUGCAGAUAAAGAAGUAAACGGCAUGGGAGAAAGUUCUGUCACAAAUGGCACAGAGACUCCACCAGCAAACUCCACACCUCUGUCCACCUGUAAUGUGGCUAUUGCAGAUAAAGAAGUAUCCGGCAUGGGAGAAAGUUCUGUCACAAUCACAAAUGGCACAGAGACUCCACCAACAGACUCCACACCUCUGUCCACCUGUAAUGUGGCAAACGCAGAUAAAGCAGCAAGCAGCAUGGUAGAGAGUUCUGCAACAAACAGCACACAGACUCCACCAGCAGCCUCCACAGCAGACUCUGAUUCAGAGCUUACGCAUGAGCCUGUCACUUUUUUCCUUCCUCCUGAAUCUUCCUUUUUGGCUUCUCCUGAUUCCUUUACCACCCCCUCUCCUAUGCCUUUAUCCAUCGCUCCUCUGGUGUCCCCCCAGACUCAUCAUGUUUUCAAGUCCUCUCAGUCUAGUUCUGUAUCUUCUUCCCCGGCUUCUCCUCUGCCACCAACCUCUACCCUUUCUACCUGUUCUAAACUGUCCACUGAGCUAGGCAGUCUAAGCCCAGUAUCUUCCUCCCGGAAAAAAGGACAAAUAAAGAGGAAAGCAGACCCUAAAGAAUGCCCCAUGCAUGAAGAAUCAACCAGUUUCCCCUACAAAAAAAUAUUAAGGAAAAGAAUCAGGGAGGGCCAUACGGAGGUGUUGGUUCAGUGGCAUCCUUGCUCUGGAUGUGGGAAAAAGUGGAAGAACUCCUGGGAGCCAAGUGGAAACAUUCAGAGUUUAUCCUGAAGAUGUGUGUGUGUUUGUUGUGUGAAGAUGUGUCAUGCCUUUUAUGACAGUUACAGAGUUCUGAUAUACAGUAUGUUUGUUUUGUUUUGUUUUGUUUUGUGCUUGCUUUGUAAAGCAUAUAGUCAUUCUGUGUUGUGUGUUUGAUGACUAAACAACAUUAAA